CCAGCUGUAACCGUGACGGAAUUCGGCUCUUGGCCCUCUGGCCAUACUGGCCAAGACGCGACUGAACCGAAAAAUAAAAAACCAAAAAAAGAAAAGAGGAGAGGAGCCGCUCAGCUGGGGCCGAAAAGAGGGAAAUAGCCGCUGCGGAGGAGCAUGACGUCCAUACUGGACAUGAAGGCCGGCCCGCCCGACUAUUGGGCGGAAAUUGGUAACUUCUUCCUGCCGCUAAAGGUCCUGAUCACCAACGACCGUUUCGACGCCCUCGUGCGGGACAUCGACCUAUAUUACCUGAUCAACGGCGUCUUCUGGAUAUUUGUGGCACUGUCCUGCGGCUUCUGUGGCUUCCAGCGGCUCUUUCAGUUCUUUCUGAAAUCGUCAAACAUGAAAUACUUCAAACGAAGACAAUUCGCGCGAUUGAUUUGGAAUAUUGCGUUCUAUGCGGCCAGUUGUUUAUUUUUGUAUUUCUACAACGAGUUCAUGAUCCUGCCCCAACUGAUGAAGAAUCAAGGAAGAUAUUCAUUAUUCUACUCCUCGGAUAACUUGAUAUUCUAUCGGUCGCAUCAGACGGAAAAAUUUCAGUUUUAUUCGAUAUUUAUAAUAACAUUUUACCUGCAUGGAGCAAUGUUGGACUUUAAGGAGGCAGAUUUCUUGGAGGUUGGCUCCAAGGCCCUCUACCUGUUGGCCCUGGUAGCUAUCGAUGUUUACAGAUAUGAGAACUAUUUUGUGGGCCUGAAUCUGACCGUGGGAUUGUACAGCAUUCUUACGGAGGUCCUGUCGCUCCUAGUGCUACCCAGUACGAAUCGCCAUCGAUUCAUCUACCAGGUCUUCCUCGGCCUAAGGAUAGCGGCGUGGGCCCAUGUCUUUGUUAAUUUGCUGCCCUUUAAGUAUUUCAUACCGACACUCUUUGCAAAGAACUUUAAGCUGCCGCUUAAUGUGGCAAUAUGGUUGUGGUACGGACUGUCCAUCUGGAACUCCCCAGUGUUGCAGUACUUCUAUCAUCAGAUCUAUCACACCACACCGUCGGAUUGUUCCGGUGAGGGAUCAGCAGCCAGAUGCAUCUUGGUGAAGGACUCGGUGGAGUUCCGUCACUUUAAGACCCUGAAGAAGGCAUACUUGGAGGUGAAGUUGGCCCACGAGAAGACCAAUGCCAGCUCCCUGCCCUCCGGGGAGACCAGUUCCGCCUCCGCCAAGACCUUCCAGGCCAUUAAAUGUGUCAUGAUGUUGAAGAGAAAGUUGAAGCGGAUCCGGGAGGGACGUGGUCAUGAGCCGGAGGACGAGAACGAGGACCUCACCAGCGAUGCCUGAAGGAUGCAGGAAGGACAGCAGGAAUAGAAGAAGACCUGGACCUCGUUAGACGCAACAAACACGUAGACGUUACAUUUCCUUAAACCAAAAAAGACACAAGUUCCGCUUAGGCUAUAAAGAAACUACCUCCCACUUGGCUAAAUUCUAGCGCCCCCCACCCCCUAUCUUUCUCUCUCCCUCUCACUCUAUGAUGAUAACCUGUCUCUCUCGCUUUCUAUGCAAGUUUAUGCGUGUCUCGAAAUUGCAAUCGAGUGCAUUUUGAAAAAAAAAAACCUAAAAAAAAAUUGAGGCUAAAAAUCAAAAGUAAUCUCUUAGAUUUCAAUAAAUUAUAAGUUUUCUCUUUCGGAUUUCUUUCUUCAGAAUGCACUCUUGUAGGCACAAUUAAUUAAAUUAAUUAAAUUAGCAAAUUAAAAUAUUUAAUCAAAAUAAAGUGCAAAAAACACACGCAUAAACCUCGAAAUUUAGAUAAAAAAUUGUAUUUUUCAAUUAAGUAUAUAGUUGGCUAUAUCUAUUACUGUCUCCCUCGCACACCAAACACACACACACACACACAACAGUUAUCUCUCCUGUUUUUUUUUUAGAUUUGUAAGUCGCCUUCAACUUAUUGUUGUUGUUUAUUCGCUGUGACUUAAUGACAUAUUUAAAUAUUGUAAUGUGUUUUUUUUUUCAUUCGUUCUUUUUAAUUGAAAUAUACUAUAUAUGGGCUAAACGAGCGCAA